AGAGGAGAUUUAAUCCUAUAGAGUACACUGUGAGCAUACCAAGCGACACAAGUCAGUCUUUCAGCAUCUUUGGCAUUUGCAUCAUGCCAAGUGACCAGGUCAUUGUUACAGAUUACCAUAAUAAAAAAGUGAAGCUGUUGAACCAGCAAUACAAUGUGUCCAGUUACUGUGAUGUGUCUGGUAUGCCAUGGGACAUUUGCCAAAUCACAUCCAGUGAGGUGGCUGUAACUUUGAAUAAAGAUGUGCAGUUUAUCUCUAUUAACAAUGGAAAUCUGGUGAGUGGGAGAAAGAUUUCAUUACAGCAUGCUGUUUAUGGUAUUGCCCACCAUAAUGGAGUGUUGUAUAUCACCUCUGGAACUGCCCUGUACCACUACAAUAUGACUGGGACACUUGUGAAAAAGCUGUUUGAGGAAGCUGGAGGCUCUUCUACAGUGUUGCACUGUGCAGUGAGUCCUGAUGGAGACAAGAUCUAUGUCACCAACUACAGACAGCACAAGCUCCUUACUCUGGCUACAGAUGGGACUCUGAUAUCCACCUUCAUGGACCCUGAACUACAAAACCCCAGGGGUGUACACGUAACACCUGCAGGACAAGUGUUAGUCUGUGGACGCAUUUCCGAAAAUGUCAUACAAGUGGAUCGUGAGGGAAAAAAGAAACUAGCAACUCUGGCUUCACAAAGUGAUGGACUCAGCAAACCAUUCUCUGUCUGCUACAAUACCAACACUCACCAGUUGAUUGUGGGACUAUAUAAUAACACUAAAAUCUUUGUUAUGGACUUGCAAUAGCUCUUCAAUUUGAUGAAAACAUUUACUUGAAACACUUUUAUAAACAUAAUUGCCCAUUUUUCUUUGAAUGGCUAAUUCAGUAUCAACAAUUUAUAUCUAGGUAAAGAAAAAAACAUAUUCAUACAGUUUAAUUUUGUUAUGAACGAAUAAUUAUAAAAUUUUAUUUAAAAAUGAGUUGUUUCAAUGCUCGAAAGAUUGCACCAUUUUAAUUUUGAAUAUAUGACAACUGUCUAUAAUGUUGAUAUUGGUUAUUUCUUAAGUCAAGUUAUGUUAAGUAAUUAUUAAAAUGUUUUUACUAGGGAUGGCAUCGAAUUCCUAUAUCGGUAUUCGAAUAUUCGCAAAUCCAUUCAAUCGAAUAUUCGAAUAUUCGCAUAAAACGGCAGGGUGGACAUAACUUCUUUUACUCAGUUUCGUAUCCAGGUGGGAUAUUUAAUAUAAAUUGACACAGAAAUACAAUUGAAUAUACAAUUGUUGUGUUGAGAAAUAGAAAGAAAAUGUAGCUUAAUUGUAAAAACAAACUUUGAUAAAGCCUAUUGAAGCAAAAUAUAUCAGAAAAGAGUGAAACUUGUUCUGUGUUCACUUCCAUUGCUUUGUAAGUUAUAUCUGUAUGCUGAAUACAAUGCUGUUUGUUAACGUCGCUAUCAAAUAAUGUAUUAAAUAGGUUUCAAUUAAACUUAAAUGGAUGUGAA